GCUCCGCGGAGAGAAAGGCCAAGCUGUAUUACCAAUCAUGUAUGGACGAAGGAGGUGUGAAAGAAAAGCUGGGUGCCGAACCUCUCAUCGACAUCAUCAAGAAGGUCGGGGGCUGGGCAGUCAACGACGAAAACUUCGACGUGAAAACAUGGAAUUUUCACUCCUCCUUGGAACAGACGCAUUCAAAUUAUGGUCUAGGGACAUUUUUUGGGAUGUUUGUUGGGAUGGAUGAUAAAAAUUCUUCUAGGAAUAUCAUUCAGAUUGACCAGAGUGGCCUAGGUUUGCCUAGUCGUGAUUAUUACAUCAACAAGACCAUCGAUGACGACAAGAUCUUAGCCGCAUAUUUGGACUACAUGGUUGGAAUUAGCGGCUUACUAGGCGCCCCCAUACGGAAUAUAACAGAACCACUGUUUAGAGAUAUGAUCGAUUUUGAGGCCAGGAUAGCUGAAAUAACAGUCCCACAGGCUGACCGACGGGAUGAGGAGAAACUCUACAACAAAAUGACGGUCGCCAAUUUACAGAAAAUAGCCCCUGCGUUUGAGUGGAAGAAAUACCUCAACACGAUGUUCGGUCUGGCUGGUAUCCAGAUUACCGAGGAUGAAGAGGUGGUCGUCGCCGUCCCAGGUUUCAUGUCAAACAUGUCGGCCAUAGUAAUGGACAUGCUGGCGACGGAUGCAGGGAAAACGACAUUAAACGUGUACAGUAUGUGGCACGUUGCCAAGUCGCUGGACAGUUUUCUCAGCAAAGACUUCGAGGAAGUUGAACAAGUAUUCAAAAAGGCAUUUUCAGGUACGAGUGGUCGUGAUGAGAAAUGGCGAGAGUGCGUGUCUGAUGUCGACGGUACCAUAGGCUUUGCUGUCGGGGCAAUGUUUGUCAAGUCGGCAUUUCAUGGAGACAGCAAAACGACGGCGGAAGAAAUGGUAAAACUGAUCAAGAUGUCUUUCAAGAAAAAUCUUCCCAAUCUAAGUUGGAUGGACGCGGAGACCAUCAGAAAGGCUGAUGAGAAGGUGGAUGGUGUGGUGGACAUGAUCGGAUUCCCUGACUACAUCCUGAACCAAACCGCUCUGGAUGAACGGUAUGCAGGUGUCCGCAUCGAAGACAAUGAGUACUUUGAUAACAAUCUCCGUACGAUACAAUUCGAUAUCAUACGCGAAUUGAAACGGUUGAGGAAGAAACCGGAUAAAAAGAGGUGGAGUAUGACGCCUCCAACAAUCAAUGCAUACUACGCGCCAACAAAAAACAUGAUUGUUUUCCCGGCCGGAAUCCUACAGAUGCCAUUCUACGACAAGGACUACCCAAAGUCGCUGAACUUUGGAGGUAUAGGUGUCGUGGUUGGGCAUGAGCUUAGUCAUGGCUUUGAUGAUCAAGGUCGGGAAUACGACAAAAAUGGUAAUCUGCAUCCGUGGUGGAAUAAAGAUGUGAUCGCCCGAUUCAAAGAGAGAACGAAAUGCAUGAAGGAACAAUAUUCAUCAUAUACUAUCAAUGGAGAGCAUAUAAAUGGUCAGCAGACGGUUGGUGAAAAUAUAGCCGACAACGGAGGGUUAAAGGCUGCUUAUAGUGCUUAUCAGGACUGGCGUAAAGUUCACGGGUCAGAGCACCCCCUGCCUGGGAUAAAUAUGACCGACUAUCAGUUAUUUUAUCUUGGGUUUGCUCAGGUUUGGUGCAGCAUUGCGACCAAGGAGACCUACCAUUUACAGUUAGUCAGUGAUGCACACACGCCAGCUCAGUAUAGGGUGAUUGGUUCGCUCUCCAAUUCUAAAGAAUUCGCACAACACUAUAGCUGUCCGUCAGGCACCCCCAUGAAUCCUGUGAAAAAAUGUGAGGUGUGGUGAGGUGGCGAGAUACACGUGUAUUAUACUUGCGGUAAAGAUGUAAAAAGGGGAAAGUGGAAAGAGGGAAGAGGGAAGUUGAAAAUGGAAAAAUAUUGAUAUCUGAGGAAAGGCCAGGUGGUGAUUUUCAGCAACGGGUAGCAGAUGAUCAAUGAUCGAUUUUAAAACAAGCCUGACAAGUCAGCCUCUUGUAGCUACUUUUACUGCCAGUACCUUGGGUACAAAGCUUGAGCCUGCAUAGUAGGCAUUAGGGUUUUAAGAGUGG